AUGGAAAAAUGGAGAAACAUUCCAUUAUCAGAGGAGGAGGAAGCAGGCAUUACAGCGGAGGCGGACGAAUCCUGUGAAGAAGAGGUGUUUCAAAGGACUCUGGCAGCAAGGCUAUGGACGGAAAGUAGCUUCAACACCAGGGCUUUUACUAAUACGAUGAUAGGAGCAUGGAAACUCAAAAAUCCGGUGGAGGUUCAGGAGCUUAGUAAGAACCUUUUUCUCUUCAGGUUUGCUACUAAGAGAGAUUUGGAAGGGGUGUUGAAGAACGGGCCUUGGAGUUUUGACCGGAAUCUGUUGGUCCUUGCUAGAGUAUCCGGCGAGGAGCAGCCAUCUGAGUUGAAUAUGCACUUCGGAACGUUCUGGAUUAGGGUGUAUGAACUCCCACUUAUGCUUCGGUCAGAAUCUAUGGCAAGGAAGUUAGGAGGUAUAUUGGGGGAUUUCGAAGAAAUGGAUCUCAAGGAGGCACAUAGAAAUGGCAGGUUCCUACGCCUGAAAGUCAAGGUGGAUCUCAAAAAGCCACUGAAAAGAGGAACAGUUAUCAGAUUCAAGGAGAAAAACCUACGAGUAUAUUUCAAAUAUGAAAGGUUGCCAACCUUUUGUUUCAUUUGUGGAAGAGUGGGCCAUCUGAUGAAAGACUGUGAAGAGAUAGGAGAUCUUAGUGAUGAAAGUUAUGAAGACUUGGAAGAGCAGGACCUCUCAUAUGGAGCUUGGUUACGAGCUUCACCUUUACCCAGAGUCCAGGAAGAGCAGAAGAAAAAAGAUUCAACCUCAAGUUCCUGCAACAGGAGCCUUUUCAACCUGUCUUCGGAACAGAGCAAAUGCGAUCCAAAAGGAAAAGGAAAAGAUAUUGAAGGAGACGAAGGGGAAGUGGAACAGAACAAAAAGAUAGAGGAGGUAGGAAGGAAGGUGGAGGUACCAAAGUUGAAAAAAGGGAGUGGUAAAGGAAGUCUAUUGGAGAUCGAGGCGAUGGCGGAAUCUCUAGGAGCGGUUGACAUCUCUAAUGUAGGACAAGGUUCGGGAAAGGAUAGUCGAGAGGGGAUGACUAAGAGAAAGAAGUGGAUAAGGAAGCAAGUAGCUAGGAAAGGGAAUCAAUCUAAGAAACUGGAAGUGGAGUGUGGGAAGAGGAAUUUGGUGGAUGUUAUGAUAGUGGAUGGGACGGUGGAGGGAGGUGGUAUGGGUGAGAAGAAAUUGAAAGGCCAGGAAACUGUUACUGUACAAGAAAUGAACAAUCCAGAGGUGGUGUUGGAGACCCAACACCGCCUAAGUCAAUGA